AUGCCCUCAUCCAAGCGUCCUUCAGCACUCUUGGCCCCCGACGCCAGCUCCUUUGCCGCCUCUGCCAUGGUGUCAGUUCAUGCGCGAAAGAGUGAGAGAGAGUUUGAGUGUGUGUGUGUGUGUGUGGGAGAGAGUUUGAGAGAGAGAGAGAGAGAUGAAAAGAAGCAACAGAAGAAAAUCAACUUUCAACUUACAGGGACCAUGUACUUGGUCACUGGUGUCAUUGGCAGCGGCAUCACGGCUGUGCGGCUAUCGCCCGACAAUCUUGGCGUGGCCCUCAUUGCCAACACGAUUGGCACAGUCUGCAUGCUAUAUUCCGUCAUCUCGGCGCUGAUUGACCACUCGGGUGCCCACAUUAAUCCCGCUGUAACAUUGGUCCUCAAGCUUUGUUCCCCAGCCUGCCCGCUCUCUUGGUUUGGCGUCUGCGCCUACAUGGUGUCACAGGUGGCGGGCGCUUUUGGAGGAAUCGUGGUGGCACAUUUUAUGAAUCAAGAAUGGCCGGUGUUGUCUCGCAAAACCAUGCCUGGGGUUGGAAUCUACCAGAUUUAUGCCGAGCUCAUGGCCACGGCCGGGCUGAUGACGCUCGUCUUGCUCACCCCCAAGGCUCGAAUAGCGUCAACGGUGGCCAUGUACAUUGCCUCGGGCCUGUGGUAUCUACCCACCGCGAGUUACUGCAACCCAGCCGCAACGCUGGCUCGUGGAUACUCUGAUUCCUUUGCCGGCGUCAACCGCGUCGACGUGCCCGCGUAUCUGCUAGGCCAGUUUAGCGGUUUGCUGCUCGUCGUCGUGCUCUACCAUCUUAUUCAGCGGGCUUACAGAACGCUCGGUAAAGCCGUUGUGCCCGCGAUACCGAUCCAAAGUGCCACACCCUCGGCAGCGCUCAAACGAGCCACGACAACCGUCACGCUCUCGGGCACCGUGCUGGCCAUUGUCUGCUUUCACCUGCUCAAGCGCUACAUGAAGGAUCCGGAGCAUCUCGAGGUGGCCAAUUUACCCAAGGAUGACGAGCUGACCUCGGGCCAAGCGCGUCUGAUUGUUGUCAUUCAUCAUAAUAAUGAUAGUGCCGGUGUAUCAAAACGAUCAAUCGCGCUCAACGACUUGCGGCGCGACUCGAAAAAGGCCAAGCGGGAGGCUGAUACCAGCGGUGAAUCUGGGGACGAUGUUCCGGCACAAGCGGCUCAGCCGGCGGUAGCAACAGCAGACACCACUGUGUCUCGGAUACGCAAGCCCCGGGUCGCCUUCACGUCCAUUCCCAGCAAUGAUCGACGUCGCUUUGAGCAUAUCGUAUGGACCCUAGGUGGUGAGGUGGUGUCGGCCGAGGAAAGCACACACCUUGUUGUCGGUGCCCCCUCGCGAACGGCCAACUUUCUCAAAGCUCUGUGCGUCAGCGACCAUAUUCUUGAAGUGUCCUGGCUGGAGGAUUGCAACGCCAGCUACAAGUUCCUCGAAGAAUCCUCUUAUGCCGUACACGACGAUCGCCUCGAGGCUGAGUUUGAGUUCUCACUUGCCACCUCACUCGAGCGCCAGCGCCAUGUUGGCAAGAGUGCGGUCUUUCGAGAUAUGAUUUUUUACAUCACCCCCUCCGUCGUCCCAACUCACACAACCCUGCAAGAAAUUGUGCAGGCGGGCGGCGGAAACGCCGUCGUGUGUACCACCCCGGUUGAAACCAAAGCCUGGCUCAGCGAUGCACAGGGUCAUGACACCGACCUCUCACCCAUUGUCAGUCGCCACCACGUAGAGCUGAUUCUCUCUGGAGCUGCUCAGCAGCACGUGGACUUUGCCAAAUGGCGACUUCAUCUGCCCAGCCAGAAAUAA